CUUGGUUUGAUACCCGUUAACCCCAAGAUUUUUAUUUUCUAAUCUUUGGAAAAAAAUGUGCAACCAACUUUGAAGAAGAUUAAUAAUAAGGUUGAUUUAUAUGAUUAUGAUAUACUAUGUUUGAAUGUCUCAAUUGUUGAACAACAAGACAAUGGGUUUGUUUGAGCUAAAAUCAAACAGAAAACCACUUUCUCUCUCUUUGUCAUGACAUUUCUCUUCCUCCUCUUCUCUUCCCUUCCUAAGGAAAGAAUACUCGAUAGGGUUAUUAUUUCUUCAUAUUCUCCUACUCCUCCUAUUUGGGUUCCCUGAAUAUUCAAGUUGCAAUAUGGGGUAUCUCAAUUCAGGUGUGUCCUCUUCAAGCCAAGUUCAUGCUGCAGAUGAUGCACCUGCCAGUGGAGGUGGUCUCAGUCAUAAUGGCAAAUUCAGUUAUGGAUAUGCUAGCUGCGCCGGAAAGAGGUCUUCAAUGGAAGACUUUUAUGAAACAAGAGUUGAUGGUGUGGAUGGUGAAAUCGUUGGCCUUUUCGGAGUUUUUGAUGGUCAUGGUGGUGUUCGUGCUGCUGAGUAUGUCAAGAAAAACCUGUUUAGUAAUUUGAUCAGUCAUCCAAAAUUCAUAUCCGACACUAAAUCUGCGAUAGCUGAUGCGUACAACCAUACCGACUCAGAAUUUCUGAAAUCCGAAAAUACUCAUAACAGAGAUGCUGGCUCAACUGCUUCUACUGCAAUUCUAGUUGGUGACCGUUUGCUUGUUGCAAAUGUUGGGGACUCCAGAGCUGUUAUAUGCAGGGGUGGUAAUGCCAUUGCUGUUUCUCGAGAUCACAAGCCAGACCAAACUGAUGAGAGACAAAGGAUUGAAGAUGCAGGGGGCUUUGUUAUGUGGGCUGGAACUUGGAGAGUUGGUGGUGUUCUCGCCGUUUCUCGUGCAUUUGGAGAUAGGCUCCUGAAGCAGUAUGUUGUUGCUGAUCCAGAAAUCAAGGAAGAAAAGGUCGACAGCUCGCUCGAGUUUCUUAUAUUGGCAAGUGAUGGCCUAUGGGAUGUUGUCUCAAAUGAGGAAGCUGUGGCUAUGGUGAAACCAAUAGAGGAUGCAGAGGAGGCAGCAAAGAAAUUGUUGAAAGAAGCAAUUCAGAGAGGAAGUGCUGACAAUAUCACUUGUGUUGUUGUUCGUUUCUUGAUGGACCAAGGUGGUGCUUCUGCCUCUUCUAAUGAUACCACCACCUCUGCCAAUUCUGUUACCCCGUCUCUGUAAGCUCCCUCUCUAUAUAUAUGUCACCCUGUAUCAGUGUACCAUGCAAGAAUAGGAAACAGCUUCAAAUUCCUUAUGCUUCUCUCUGUCUCACAGUCUCUCUUACUAUAUGUAGCUAGUUUAAAGAAAAGUGUGACCAUGGAAUGUAGUGCUAAUUUCAAUUUAUGCAUGUAAUGUAACCAUGGUUCUUUUAGUCCAUUUAUUUUCUUAGUGUUAGCCAUGGCUUGUUACAAAAAUGUAAUAUUAUAUUAUAUGGGAAAAACGGAUCUUUUCAUCUUU